GACAAGUUGUCAUACGGAUGGUAAUGAUCCAGCCGAAAAGGAACAAAGCUCCGAGACUUGCGGAAAAGAAAGAGUUCGUUGAUCUCUUCGCGCAUUACGCUUUACGCUGUAAGGGCUUUGGCGCCCCCAAGACUACCUCACCUCCCAGGAAUGAAUUCCACCCAGAACUUCACGCCGACAGCUUCGGCGUUCACCGAGUACUGCGGUUCUGGAUUCGAAUCUUUUUACGAUUGGUACUUACAGGUGCAUGGAUGGGCCAGUCUGUUGGUGUGUACAUUCGGCUCGAUCGCCAAUGUCCUCAACAUUGUUGUACUGACGCGUCGCGAGAUGCAAUCGCCCACCAACAUGAUCCUCACCGGUCUUGCCGUGGCCGAUCUUUUUGUGAUGAUCGAAUAUAUCCCCUAUGCGAUCCACAUGUACAUCUAUAAACGGUCCCGUAAAGAUAUGUUCACCUACAGCUGGAGCGUCUUUGUAUUAUUCCACUCGCACUUCGGCCAGGUGUGUCACACAAUCUCGAUUUUCUUGACGGUGAUCUUGGCAGUCUGGAGAUACAUAGCAGUAGCGCAUCCACAGCGUAAUCGUGAGUGGUGUAGCGACAAGCGCACCUUCCUGGUAAUCGCUUGCGUCUAUAUAUGCUGUCCAAUACUCUGCAUACCGCUUUACAUCAACACCGAGAUGACAUCGCGAGUGGAGAUGCUGGACGAGCAGGGGAUAAGCGUAAAUCUGACAAAGUUCCGGCAGACAUCCAACGAUACGAUCAUCUCUCUUGAGGGCGUAACCAACACCACACUGUACUUUGUAAGGCUCACCGAGACCCCGAUGGGCAAUGUUCUCAAGGACGUUAACUUCUGGAUUUACAGCGUGGUAAUUAAGCUGAUACCGUGUGUGGCAUUAACAGUGUUGAGUAUCAAGCUGUUCAAGGUGUUGCUGGAGGCUAAACGGAGGCGAAAAAAACUUACUACGAAGAACACCGCUAUCAAGAUGAGUAAUGGUAAAGAACAUUCCUGCGAAAAAACCAAGAAAAAAAGAAAAAGCACCGAUAAAGAAAGACAGACUGACAGGACUACGAAUAUGUUGCUGGUGGUGCUCAUGCUGUUUCUCUUCACAGAAAUGCCGCAAGGCAUUUUGGGACUGCUCAGCGUUACGCUGGGCACGGGAUUCUUCAAUACAUGCUAUGUCAAGUUAGGUGACGUGAUAGACAUCCUGACACUCAUAAACUCGGCCAUCAACUUCAUCCUGUAUUGCACUAUGAGCCGUCAAUUUCGCAUGACCUUUAAUCAACUAUUCUGCAGCCGAUGGCGGCUGAUCGGCAGAUGGAUGGCGGUGCCCCAUCAGCCGAUGGAGAACAACGGACAUACCGGAACUAAUCACACGGUGACCCAGGUCACUCAGGUCUAGCGCCGAAGAAAUCAAUGGACCUUUUGCUAUCCGGUGUAAAGAGAGCUCGCUAAUUAGCUCCCUUUCAGACACGCCUAUUGCAAGUCCGCGAAUUGAAGGAGGUUGUUUCCUCCGCGAUUCGCCACAGUUACUCGUGCAAACAUAGCGCCAAGCAAAGAGAGGUGAAAUUUAUUUGCUCGCUACUGCCACUGGUCCUAAUUGCAUCGUCGUUGCGCGAACUUUGCAACGCCCGAAGUGCUUUUCGAGCAUCAGCUUCAUCCCAGACAUGCGACAUACCAGAUGUGUAACAAAUAUUUACUUAAGUUGGUUGGUGAACCACUAUGUUUUUCCAAUGUGUUUCUUUUCAAUUUUAUAAAUUACUUAUUUAUAUUACAAUCUAUCAGCAGAUCAUCGGACGCGUCCGAUUAAUUAACGAUACGCACAAUAAUGUGUUAUAUUUAAAAACAGAUGUGAUAGAUAUGUGAAAGCGCUUGACAAGAGCUGCCAGAUUACUAUCAUUGGUAAUUUUAUAACGUGAUCCUUCACACGCGAGAUAUUUUUAGAGAGGAAGAGUUAAAAAAUUUUCAAUCCUUUAGUAGUGGCACAUAAGCAAUGAUGACACUAAUAAAAAUAAUCACGUAAAUGAUUAUAGCCAUUCACAAACAUCUCAUUUUAUUUUUUUUAAAUUCCUGAAUUUUUAAUUAUAAUAUGUAUGUACAAAGAAAAACAAAAGGUUAUAUAUCACUAUGCAGCUGGUCUGCUUAUACCCUCAUCCCUGUUACAGUUUGAACAAGAUUUCAAAGUUUGUAAAAAGUUAGACCGUGAAAUAUAUGAACAAAGAGAAUUAUCUCAUAAUAGUCACACGACAUUCUCAUGAUAAAAAAAAUAUUUGUCAAAAGAUUACUUUAUUAUUUCCGAUUUCUAUUAAUUCUUUGUACGCGUUUCAAUAUCCAUUUAUACUAUCAAUUAAUCAAUAUAAUUAAUUUUAAUCAAAUCAGAAACUAAGUAAAUAAUCAAUUUUAUUUUCAUUUGUUCAUCGUUUCAUUUAGUUUAUUCAAAGUUCUUGCCUAUUCAGAGAACUUACGUAAUUAAUAAUUAUGUUAGUCCACAACGGGACUAAAUUCUAUUUGCUUUUCAUAUAUACAUACAUACGAUAAUAGAAACAUUUAAAUUAUCGUGCGCCAAGUAAAUUGUUCAUAGUUAGCUAAUAGAACUGUUUAAUUGGAAUGUAAUAAAGCGCACCUAUUAAAUUGUGCUUAAAUAGCUCAAAAUUUGCAGUCAAAAAUCAUUACGAUGCAUCAUGCCUCUAUAAUAAGAUACAAUUUUCUGCAGUUAAUAAAACGCAAUUUUCCGUUAGUUAGCUUAACUAACUAAACAUUAUAAACCGAAAAAUGAGAAGUGUUAUUUUUGAGCAAAUUCAGUAAUUGCUUAAAGCUUAAAUAGCUUACACUUUUUUAAUACAGAUUAAUGAGCAAUAUAAUAACAAAUAUAUUAUCGACUAUUUCUUCUUGCUAGAGGCUUAAAAGCGACUUUUUCUUUAAGAUGUUUUUAAAAAACAUGCGCUUAGCAUUUAUUUAUCUUUAUAAUAUCUUCUGUUUGUUUAAAAAAAUAUUUCAAUUAUCAUAAUAUAUAUAAUUUCACACUAAAGAUAAUUUUUUUUUUUUUAAUAAAAUUUAAAAGGAAUGUAUAUGUUCUUAAUUAAUCCAUGUUUCGUUCGAAAAAAUUUUUAAUUGCCAUUGGACAUUUAUGUAAACAUUAUUCAAAAAUAUUUAUCACAAGCUCUUUAGUGGAAAUAUGUAUAUGUAUCCAGGAUGAUAAACGUAAAUAACAAAUUAGUUUUACAUGCAAAAUCGAGAGACAAACUAUUUAAAAUAAUUCAAAGUAGAAUAAUUAAAUACUCGCUUUCAUUAUGUAUGGAUUAAUGCAAAAGUUGGCUUAUUGUUUUUACCAACCUACAAAACAGAUAAACAACUUUAUCAUAAAAUUAUUGGAAAGCUGAGCCGUGAAAACGUGAUUAACAUAAUUAACGAUGCAAUGCGAGAAGUAGAAUUUGCAUUGGCUAAAGGACAGUCUUGCUUUGCGAUUCAUAUUUAUGCAAUUAAAUAUUAAAAAAGACUCUUCUUGACACAACUUCCUUCUCCUUUGCUCAAGCUAAAUGCAAAUUACGUUGAUAAUUUGCAUUUUACCUUCGAAAAGUAACAAAAAAAUCUUUAUACAAAGUAUUUCUUUUUCAGCUAUCUUUGUGUCCCUUUUAAUGCGAGAAAUUCUGCGAAGACUAUUAUAAUUGAAAUAUUAAUUUUCCAAUAUUAAUUUUGCAAUUUACAAUUGUAAAAAAGGAUAAAAACAAUUACGAUACAUUAUCAUAAUGACAUCGUUCUUGUUAUUAACCAAGAUGAUCUAUGUAUCAUUAACAUCAUAAGCAAUUGCAUUCAUUAAAGCAACAAGUCUGUUAUAUUUACUUUCUUCAUAAAUAUGUAUUUUUAUCAACUUACUUACUUUUUACACAAAGAAUUUGAAAUAUAUAUACAAUUUAUUUUCUCAUUUAAAUGCUUGCAAUAUUUAGCAAUAUUUUUUUUAUACAACUAUUAAUAUAUAUAAAUUAGAUAUAUGUGUGUAUGUGAUUUUUUAUGAAAAAAAUAUAUAUAUUUUCAAAUCAUUCUUUCAAAUUUUUAUAAAUAUAUUUAAAAUUGUUUAAGAUAUGCAUUUUUAUCUCUCAUCGGGCAACAAUAAAUCAAACUAUUCAAUCAAAUUUAUUCAAAACAAAAAGUUUGAGUCUCGUUAAUCUUGUAAUAUCAAAUAUCUGGGAUAAAACGAGAGAGAAAUAAGUGGCACCCACUCUCUCGAUUUCAAGAGCGCGUGCCAUGCGCGGGUGUAAUAAUCAAAUUGUUUACAGCUUCGCGUUUGUGUUUAUUAUUGCGGAGCUAUACGUUUAACACGCUACAUAUUUUUAUCAAUAUCGCAGAGACCGCGAAAAAGCAAGAGAUUUUAUUUUUAUUUUUAUUUUUAUUUUUAGAAAUAAAAUUCUACAGGAAUGAUGCCGUUGCAAUAAAUUAGAACUCGCUUCAGUCCGUCUAUUUGAUAGAGCACUUCUAAACCGAAUUGCCGCGAUUGCUACGCGACACGAAGAAUUGCCACGAUUAAUCAUCUUCCAUUCGUGGCUAACUUUAUCGUCUUGAAUAAAACCGCUGUGUAAGUAGUACGAAUACAUAAAGUUUCCCGUUGGAUUUUUAUUUAUUUGAAUACUCGCCCACGCGUGCGGGCUCGAUAAAUUGUCGCGGUUACGGAUUUUAUCUCUACAAGCCUUGUCAUCGACCGGCUAUUAAUUUUUUAUAUUAUAGUCAUUUUCGGCUGGCAUUGUUAAAGGCACCGAAUUAUUUCCGCGUACAUUCUAUUCUUAUAAAUUUAAUUUUAGUUUCAUAAUUAUUUUUUAAUAAUACCUUUUCACGCGACUAUAAUAUAUUUUUUACUUAUUUCGUUUUCCAAUUGCAAGGUUUUUUUCACGAUAAAAUUACAUUUAUUGUAUUUAUUUCUGUUUAUUAUAAAUGCACAUAUCAUACACCUUAACUAUCUUAUUUUAAUACUCUGUCUAAUUUAUUUUGUUAUGAUGGAAGAGAUAUAAUUUAUUUAUAAAUAAUAACAAAAUUAAGAAUUAAUAAUUUUUAAUUUUCACAGUAAAUAUAAAUGUUGGAGAGCGCGAAGAUUUGAUAUUUGUUUCCAACCAAAGAAUUUACAGUACUGCAUCUAUUUCUUUAAAACAUAAAUUUAAAAAGUGUAUUUCUUAAGAGACUGUGUGAGGAAUAUACUUUUAUACGAGAAACAAUGAUAAAGAAAAAACAACUAACAUGAUCCAAUUUUUAGGCCUCUAGCAAAAGUGUUUGCAAUUUUUUCAUUUUAUUUGCAAGCUAAUUUAUAAUAAAUUAAAGAAUAUAUAAUCUCCCCCAUCAAAAUAGAAAGUACCUGAAUGAAAUAAUUAUCUAUUAUAUUCACAUUGGCAAUGAAAUAGAAACAUUAUCUUCCUGUGCAAUAUCAAAAUAUUAGAUAGCAUUAAUGUAAUAUCAGGAGCUGCAAGUGACGUUUCCCGUUAGCGAUAAAAAUUCAUUAGGAAGAAACGACAAAUGUCAUUAUACAAUAUAAAUCAAAAUCAGCAUCCUGAUAUUGUCCCACGGAUUUGUUGCGUGUUGUUUGUAGCGGAUAGCAAAAUGUUCGUUGAUCCCUUUGAAAGAAUUAAAACUAAGUCGAUAACCAAUAAAAAAAAAGUUGUCCAUCGAUCAAUACAUCGAAGGACAUUCUUAUUUAAAAUAUGUUGCAAACUAUACUUUCAGUCUUCUAUAAAUAUGUUACGUUCGUUUAAAGAAAUAUGUUCCGUGUUUUAAAAAGAUGAUGUUAGGUUGGAAGCCAAUUACAAGGAUCAGUCGAAAGAUUCGUGUUUCCAGAAGCCUUUUCACGAUGCAAGCUAACAAAGGCUAACAUAACGCUUCUCAUUUUCAAAGACAUCAUUGAUUUCCUGGCCCUUUGUUUUGCGUUUCUUGAAAGUGAAACUGUACCGUGUUAAGUGUACGUAAUAAAAUACAAAAGCGAAGGGGAAACGCAAAAUAAAGAGAAAUAAAUAAGCAACAGCUACUGAUAUUGUCAAAAAUAUUCAGCAGAGACAAAAGAGUUUGUAAGAUAAAGCACGAAGAAAGAUUUUUAAAUGUCCCAUUAAAUUGUCUCCAACCUAACAUAAUAAAUGUUUAUUAAACCAGAAAAUAUGUACACGAAUUUCUUAUAUUACAUGUGAGUGCGUGUGUGUAUGUGUAAUCUCAAUUUUUUGUUCAGUAUAAAUUGUAAACCUUAGUCAUACUUUAUAUGAGUAGUAAUAUUUCGAGAUUGCAAUUUGGUUUUAUUAAUCAAAUUACGCGUUAUGCUUAUAUUAUCGAUAUAACGUGAUGUUUAUCUACCUGUAAGAUUAAUAUAAAUUAUAAGAAAUUAAUAUUUUUACUAUAUUAAUAACCGGCUUUACUCGGACAUGCCAACUUCUAUGUUAUAUUUAAAAGUAAGUGAGAUAAAUGAUAUUAUCGAUUAGUUAUAAAUUACGUUUAAGAUUAAAAACACACAUAAAGAACACUACGAAAAAAUAUAUAUAACAUAGCGAUAGCUAGAAAGUAAGAAUAAUCAAAAAUUAACAUCUCGCCGAUAUUCUUAUACUCGUUCAACGACUAUAUGAUUAGUAAAUUAAAAAUGUAUUAUUAAUUUUUAAUAUUUCUUGUAAAAUUUAUGACAUAUCGAAUUUUUAAUAAAGCGACAUUGUUUUCAGGGAAACGACAUUACUUCCUUCAUGUACUGUGUGUGUGUGUUUCAAUUGUUUCAAAAGGAUCAUUUUUGUCAUUUUUUACUACAAAUAAUGUACAACCUUUUCACGCAUCAAGCGUAUACAAUAUACGCUACAAUAUGACGCCACAAAGAGAGAAACAAAGUGUAAAGUUUAUAUUAUCUGAUAUGCUGAAAUAAUUUUAAGCGUGAGUAAACAUUGCUUUUAUUGGUUAUUCGGUUCCGAUUAAGCUUACAAAUGAUGUUUCAUUCUCGCAUGACCUGGCUAUUUAAACAAUGCCGUUGUUUUACCGAUCAUAAUAUUUAACUAACGACAAUGAAGUAAAUUAAAUUGGGACACGUGCCGCGGUUCGCGACGUCUCGUUAUUUUCAAUCUACAUAUUACAACUC